UAUCUGUCUGUCUAUCUAUCUAUUAGUCAUGGAAUCACUGGGUCCAGUUAUUCAGACUAUUACGCUUAUUUGGGCCCCUUUAUCUCGGCAAAUCGAUUAUCUAAAAGACCUCGAUAGCAACAUGGCCUCUCUGAUCUCAGAAAUGACAAAGCUAAAAUGCAAGAGAGAAGAUAUCCAAACAGACAUCCAGGCAGCUGUGAGAGCUGGUCAGAGAACGACUAAACAAGUUGAGAAUUGGGUGGAGAAAGUGCUCAAUAUAGAAUCGGAAGUCGAUUCCAUAGUUGCGGAAUUCAAUCAAAGGAGACAAAGAUUGAACAGGUUUCACAGGAUUGUAGUCCUUCGGUACAAACUCAGUCGGAGGGUUGCUAAAAUGCUCAGAGAUGUUAAAUACCUCAGCGCUGAAGGAGUCUUUGAUAAGGUGGGCACAAGCCCUUUGCUGCCGAUGGUGAUCGAGAUGCCAACCGCCUCAACAGAUGGUCAGACCACAUCUGAGCAAACCUUAGAGGAGAUACGGCGAUACUUACACGAUGAGGAGAAUCGAAUCAUUUGUGUGUAUGGGAUGGGGGGAGUGGGGAAAACCACUCUCAUGAAAAAUAUAAACAAUCAGCUCAUCGGGACCCAAGAUUUUGAUGCAGUUAUCUGGGUGACUGUGUCUAAGGACCUCAAUUUGGGGCGGAUCCAAGAGCAGAUAGGAAGCAAGCUGGGCUUGAAUUUUCAAAAUGAUGAUCACGAAUGGUGGAGAUGCAUGGAAUUGUUGGGGAAGUUGCGGAAAAUGAGGUACUUGCUAAUCUUAGAUGAUGUCUGGCAAGGAAUUGUCUUGGAAGAAAUCGGAGUUCCGAAGCCAAAUGCUCAGAACAGAAGCAAAAUUGUCUUGACCACGCGAUUCAUUGGGGUGUCGAAUGAAAUGGAGGCAGAUGUACAAGUAAGAGUCAAGACUCUUUCGGUGCAGGAAUCGUGGAAUCUCUUCCAUGAGAAAGCUUGCAAAGCGGUUCUCUUGCCGGAUAUUCAGUCUCUAGCCAUGGAGGUUGUCAAUGAGUGCGGUGGCUUGCCACUAGCAAUCACGACUGUGGGACGAGCCAUGCGGGGCAAGAAGAAGAAGGAGCUGUGGAUAAAUGCGGUACGGGCGUUGAGGGGAUCAGUGCCAGAUAUUGAAGGUAUGGAGCCUAAAGUUUUUCUCCCUUUGAAACUUAGCUAUGACCAUCUACAAGAUGAUAAGAUUCGAGCUUGUUUUUUGUAUUGUUCUUUGUUUCCUGAAGAUUAUAAUAUAGAAGUAGAUGAACUGGUAAUUUACUGGGCCAUGGAAGGGUUUAUAGACAUUGUUGAUAGCUUGCAAGAUGCGUCAAGUCAGGGGCAUCAGAUCCUUGAAAGACUCAAGGACGCAUGCCUCUUAGAGGCAAGUAGUGAAGUUGAAGACCAUGUCAAGAUGCAUGAUUUGAUUCGCGACUUAGCUCUAUGGAUCACAUCAUCUCCGUCGAAUGAAGGACCCAAGUUCCUGGUGAGAGCCGGGUUGGGAUUGAUGGACUCGCCUGAUGAGGCGAUGUGGAAAGAGGCCGAGAAGAUUUCAUUGAUGAAUAACAAAAUAGAGGAGCUCCCAGUUCAGCCCAAUUGCCCUAACUUGGUGUCCUUUUACAUCAGAGAAAACCCGCUCCUGAGGGCCAUUCCUGAUAGCUUCUUCGAACUCAUGCCGAGACUCCAGGUUCUUGAUCUAAGUCAUACAUGGAUUGUGUCUCUGCCCAUGUCCUUAACUUCAUUGGUGAAUCUACGAGCUCUCAUUUUAAAAUGCUGCAAAAGCUUGGUAGAGGUACCGCCGCUAGGCCAGCUGAAGGAACUCCAGUUUCUAGAUCUCUCAUUCACCACCAUCCGGAAUCUCCCUGAGGGUCUGGAGAAUUUGGUUAAACUCAAGCAAUUGAAUCUAUCAUUUUUGGGCCGAGUGACAGUAAUUCCAAGCAACAUAAUAUCUAAGCUGUCGAGUCUGGAGGAUCUACGCAUGUUUGGUACAUACGUGAAUUGGGCGAAGGAAUGGUGGAUUGACGAUGCAAGCGAAGCCAUGCUAGGAGAGGUCGCUACCUUGAGACGUCUGAUGUCUCUCGAAAUCACCAUACAAAACAUGGACUGCCUAGCUCAUGAUGUGAUCAAAUGGCAAUGGCCCACCUUGAAAAAAUUCCGUUUUUAUUUGGGCCGUGGGAAGCAUGAUAGCCCUUCAUCAUGCGAUAAGUUAGUGUAUAUCGUCGGGCUCGCCUGUGUAUCUUUUCCUCAUGGAAUCGGAGCAAUGCUAAACCAUACUGAAGCUCUAAUUCUUGAAAAUUGCCGAUGGCUGAGACAUACUCCUCAGUUAGGGGGCGAUUUACGAAACUUGAGAGAGCUUUAUAUUUUCAAAUGUUUUGGAAUGGAUUGCCUUGUGGACUGGACUGAGGUGGGAGAGGACGCAUUACAAUGUCUUGAGACAUUGCAUCUGAAUAGUCUGCCAAACUUGAAGAAGGUAUUCGAUGGACAAAUGCCAUGUGGGGGCCUUCGGAAACUAAGAUUGCUACAUGUUUCGUGCUGUAACAAGUUGAAGAGUCUCUUUUCUUCUAGCAUGGCAGAACAAUUAAAUCAGUUGGAAGAGCUCAGGGUCACCGAUUGUGAGAAAAUGGCGGUGAUUAUAGAAGGAGAAGCACUGUUUGACAAUGCACUUUCAAACUUACACGACCUACGGUUGGGAGGAUUAGCAAAACUAACAGGCAUCUGCGAUCACAUGGUGGAUUUAGCUUCCUUGCAACAUAUUGCAGUGUGUGAUUGCCCAAGAUUGAUGAAGCUUCCUUCUUGCUAUGGAAUUCAAAAGAUAAUGGGAGAGAAGGAAUGGUGGGAAGCAUUGGAGUGGGAAGAUGAAAGUACCAAGUCUUUCUUUCGUGACAGAUUUUAUCGGUCGGUAUGGGUGCGGUGAGAUGGGACUUACCAAUGAUGUAGAAGAUUUUCAGUUUGCAAGGGGCAGUUUGUGUGCUAUCUUCAGCUACAUACAUGAAGUAUGUGAGGGAAGGUUUGCAUUUUAUAUAUUAGUUCUGUGGCGAAUUUCUAUGGUUUUUCUCGUCCAUGUCAAUUCCGACGGUGUGAUUAUGCUUCUAUACAAUCGGAUGCGGGCCGUAAGGUGGCAUUGGUUCGUCGCUGGAAGAGGUAGAAUUCCAUGGUAGCUUAUGAUCCAACUAGUUGCAUUGAACAUGUGAAGAGAUUAUCCAUUUGUUCCUUGCAUUGUAUUUUUUUUAAUGACUCGGUGACUCGGACUGGCUUUCUCAGUCCUGAGUUGAAUUGAAA